ACACAUGAAAAGGCAAUGAUCAACCUAACUGAACAGUCCUGUCUAACUGUGGAAUUUCCUCUAUGCCAAAAAAACGUUUUAUCUUGUUUUCAAUUUCCGGAGAGCUCCACGCGCGCGUGAAGCGCGCUCGCGUGGGCGGAGCCCUGUAGCUAAGUAAAUCUACCCGGCCCACUGAAAUUUGAUAAUCACGUAACCGUAUACCGACCGACCGACCGACCGUCCGUCCGCACCACAAGGAAACCAAUGUUUACUCUCAAAGUCGGAAAUCCUUUUUCGGAGGGCAUCGUUUUUGUUUUUAAUCUUGCUCGAUGCGUAAGAGGGUUUAAAAGUCUUAAGCGAUUUUGGCCUUACUUGAUUGCUUUCAGGGGGCUGCAUCUAGAAUGGUAAGCCUGAGUAAUUAUUGUAUUUGAUGUUUGUUCUUUUAUAUGUAAUUUCAUGAAGUCAAGCACAGUUUAUGCGGCAAGUGUAUGCACGCGUGCAUACACUUGCCGUACACUCAUACACUUACACGCAUGCAAUCUUAAACUUACAACGGAGUCACUUGUUUCCACCAUGUUUAAGUUUACGGAUACUUGAUUUUUCGUCCUGUGACGUUUGUAAGAUUUGAGACAAUGACCUGACGGGUUUGAUAUAAGCUUACAGAACUUAAAGAAGCCCUUUAGAUAUAUUUUCUCCCUGCAGAUAGAGAGAAACUUUCCUAAGAAUAUUUAGUUAUAAAUUUGGCUGUACAAAGAAAACUUUGAGCGACUUUCUUGCCUCGUCGAGUUCAUCAUUGAAAAAAGCAAACACCGGGAAGCCGCCUUAAAACAUAAACUUAAGCUUUAAAAAAUCUUAAAGACUCAGGGUUUUUAGAGAAAGUAUAAUACUUGUCUUUGUGAAUGAAAAUUGUUGUCUCUGUAAAUGUUUCACCGAAUUAUAUUUCUUCUAUUAAUUGUUAGUAGUCUCUCUUGCAAUAUUAAUCGCUGAGCCGUUUGUUUUUAGUCGUUCAUGAACUAAAUCUCUAGAAGAAUUUCUCAAAAUGCCGCGCGUAUCAAACGCUUUUUAAGAUUACACAUCUUAAUGAAACCAUUACAUAAAAAAAUAACAAUAAUAAACAUAAUUCUUUAUUAUGUUGAAGCGUGACUGUUAAUGCUCAUUCAAACACUCAACCACAGCUUGUCAAAAGUGAGAACCGGCUGGCCCUAUAGGUGAUUUUGGAAUUUUUUUUUUUUAACAGUAUCGCUAAAAGCCCACGAUUGUUCACCCGAAUAUGGACUGAGUGCAAUUUGUCUUGAAAAGUUGUGAAAUAUUGCUUUCUGUCCGAGGUCUGUAUGAUAAAUACAGCGCCUCAUAGUACUGUUUCACAUCAGAUGUGAUGUAUAAAAAGUACAAAAGGUUGGUUUACAAACCUCUAGAUUUGUUGGUAAGAUCUUGUAAAGGAAACGAGUCGAACGCAAAAAAUUCUGUUUUCCAAUAAUUUGUUUUCCAAGAUGAUUGCUAUGUUUUGGGUGUACAUUUAAGGUUAUCAACUCGAUGUAAGAUGUUUCACUCUAAAAUCACUUACCCUUUCCCUCAAAAGUCAUAUGAAUGUGCCCUUAAGUUAACUGAUUUGUGGAUUAUUGUUUGAUUUAAAUUAUGAAUUUAUUACUAGGAGCUUGGCUAAAUCUAUUUAGUAUAUACUAAAACAGUGGAUAGUGUUUUUCGGGCGCUCUGAUUGGCUACUCAAUCAGGGAAUAUCCUGCACUAUUCACUGAUUCACCUUCAGUUUCUCCGAGCGAGCAAAAUGCCUUCCGGUUUUGCUGCCGUAACGAACAAAGAAAUGUUACAACUAAUCAAGCUAGAUGUUUCCGAAAUACAGGAAGAAGGUGAUGAAGUUUGGUUUGAGUUUUAACAGGGGUAAAUCUUUGUCUUUUUGACCUGAAUUUAUCGAUAAAAUCGGUGAAAAAAUUUUUGUUUACAAAACAAAUUAAGCUUUAGUCUUGCGUUACUUUUAAGUUGAAUUGUUCAUAAAUAAGCUUAAAACUAAAUUUAAUAAUCUUUUUUUAGAGAAUGAUUUUAAAUAGAAAAAGAAUUCACCACUCCUUUUGAAGAAACUUCGCCGCAAGAGCUAAACAAAUGCCUUCAAAGUUUUAUUUGUCGGCAAGACAAUGCGACGACCGCAGUCGUUGUACCUUUGAUCAUUGCGCGCUUAAAUUGUAAUCGUUGGCAACAGUAAAUGAGUUAAAAAUUUUCAUUUUUGUGCUCAAUUAUCUCACUGUUUCAGUAUAUAUUAAAACAAUUAUUCACCUCAGUGUCGGUGGCUAGUGUGGUUGUUAUCUCGCCUCUUCGCGGUCUCGGAAAAUCUUUCGCUAGCCACCUCCACUUCGGUGAAUAAUUGUUAUAUAUUAUGAUCAACUGACAGGUGUUAAAACAGGGUAUCCGCUGGUCAGCUCAGGCGCCAACUCUUCGACGUCACCUGUUUUUUUCUUUUUAAGUUUUCUGCUGGCCAGUUGUUACAUGUAGCUUUUAACUGAUCGCGGACUCAAGUUUAUGUUUAAGUUAAGUAUAGUUGCGGUCUUUUCAAUGGUUUGAAGUUCACUGUCUGCAGUAAAUUUAAAAUUGUAAAACGGGAGGUUCGCUUUUAGCUCUGGCUAAAUCUAUCUGAUAUAUUUUUUUGCUCAGAUACAUCGGAUACUUUGACAGCUUCUAUGGAAAAUAACCGCUCUAAAUAGGUUAACUUUUUCUGAAGUAGAUAAAGGUUUGGUUCUUUACCGAUUUUUCAGCAGAUUUUUCAGGACGCUUUGAUUUAAAGCAUUUCAAGACAUAUCAAUUGGCUUGUUCCAAAUAUUGAAGGCAUUUAAUGCCUUCGUUGUUAUGUACUUAUUUUAUGUAUCGAAUGAUUUAUUUACCUUUUUUUAGAAAUGUGUGAACUUCGAGUCCAAAAAGGCCCCUGUUUUAAUAUUUCUGAAGGAUAUUUCCUCGCUAUAGCUGAAGAAAACGUAGCUAUAGCGUUGCACAAGCUUCGAAACACUAACAGGUUUUAUGUCAAUAUAUCGUGGAUACCCCCACCAGGUAGGUUAAUAACGUACAUGUAAUAUUGUGUUAAGGUGGCUCGAUACAGUUUUUCAGGGUCAAUAACUCCCAAGUUUGAGCAUAAACUACGUUUCCAUAUUAACAAGGAUUUGGAAAAAUUGCCACCAAAGUUGUCUCAGAUAAAGAUGAAAAUUUGUUAUGAUCAGGGUUGCAAUGACACUGGAGUUGUCAUCGCAACGAAAUGACGCUAUUACCUAUUUUACUUGCAGCGGUUUAUCUCGGCACUUGGAACUAUUCUUCCAAAAUCAUUCACAGGAGCUUUUCCUCCAUUACCUGCCUCGAUGUUCGUGAAGUUUAAGCGAAAUCUGUGUGAGUGUUAUCGAGAUAUUUUGGCAUGAAGUUUUUAUGGUUAGAAACACAAUAAAAAAUGGACAAUAUUGAUGUUUGGCCGUUAUCUGUAGAAAACAAAGCGCUUCUAACAUGCAAUUUCACCUCAUAGUAGUUUCAAUCUUUUUAAAAACGUGAGUGAAAAAUCAUGGAGACAGCUCCAGCCAAUUGCUAGAAAGAAGGGUUUAAUUAGUACGUAUCAAAGCGCUCUUAUUAGGGUGUUGUAAACUUUUUGGUCUUCUUUAACAAAAUAGCGAAUAACUUUUAUACUGCUCCAUAGAUUUUUUAAAAACUUCAACAUUCUUGAGAUUUUUUAUAUGAAUUUUUAGUUUCACGAUUUUUGAUAUAUUUUAAGGCAGUAAAAUAAGGGCUACGGGCUACAAUUUCCUAAUAUUUUGUCAGAAAUUUUGUGUUUACGAGUGAAAGCCUCUCAUUAUUCAAGGUAUUGUCUCCUAGUUUCAUUUUCACGCGAACAGCGGUAACUAACCAUGCAUUUGAAAUAUGAUGCAAAAAAAACUUGGAGACAAUACUCUGAAUAAUGAGAGGCUCUCACUUGUAAACACAAAAUUGUGACAAAAUAUAAGUGAAUUGUUGCCCUUAUUUUACUGCCUUACAAUACAUCAAAAAUCUUGAAACCAAAAGGUCAUAUAAAAGAAAGAUUAAUCUCAAGAAUUUUAUUUUUUUUUAAAUCUAUCGAGCGGUUUAAAAAUUAUUCGCUAAUUUGUUAAAGUAGACCAAAAUGUUUACAAACCGCUAACAAAGAGCGCCUCGAUACAUACUAAUCAAAUCCUUCUUUCGCAAUCAACUUGAGCUAUCUCCAUGAUCUUUCACACAUGUUUUUGAAAAGAUUAAAACUACUAUGAGGUGAAAUUGCAUGUCAAAAGCGCUUCGUUUUCUACGGAUAACAGCCGACAUCAAGACUGUCCAUUUUUUACCGUAUUUCUAACCAUAAAAACUUUAUCCCAAAAUAUCUCGAUAACGCUCUUACAGAUUUCGAUUAAACUUCACGAACAUUGAGGCCGCUUAUGGAGGAAAAAGCUCCCGUGAACGAUUUUGGAAGAACAGUUUCCAGUACCGAGAUAAAUUACUGCAAGUAAAAUAGGUAAUAGCCGCUAUUACUUAUUUCGUUGUUAUGACAACUCCAGUGUCAUUGCAACCCUGAUCAUAACAAAUUUUCAUUUUUUUCUAAUACAACUUUGGUGGCAAUUAUACCAAAUCUUUGUUUAUGGCGACGUAGUUCAUGCUCAAACUUGGGAGGUAUUGACCCUAAAAAACUGUAUCGAGCCACCUUAAAGGCCGUCCUUUCGAAGUUCAGUUUAGCUUUACAGCUCGUAUCUUCUAUCUGCGGGAGUUUCUUUUAUAUAAUUGAAUAUAAUCAACAUUGCAUCUCAAUAUUUCUAUGCAAGAGCAACGUUAAGUCAACGCGGUAUCGUCAACAACUAGGAAACACCUUUCUACAAACUAGUCUGAGCAGCCCGCUACAAAGAAAAAAAGUUUUUUUUUUUGGAUUUUGCUAACUUUACUCAGUCAUUCAGUUGUUAAUUGGGGAAUCAUAUCUAUUGGGCUUCAGUUAUCCAAAGGAUAAGUAGCUCUAUCUGAUAUGGAUCGAUCACUGCGCAGUGGAUAAGUGGAUAAAUACUUAAUGACCCACUUGAUAAUGGUUAAUAAAGAAGGUGCUUCAGAUAAAUGCUACGACGGAAUAAGGAAUAAACCAUUCGUUUACGAAACGUUAAUCAGCGUAGUUGCUUUUCUAAUUUAGUAUUUCCGUUUAUGUUCAAAUUUUAUUUGUAAGUUGUUAGUGAGCUUUAGAAUAUUGUGGACUGGACCGGCUGUAAACGCCACAAAAGAGAGUACCUCAAAAAGGCAACAUUCUGUCGUUGUCAAAAAAAAACAAAAACAAAAAAGUAAUAGAAACAAAGCACAUGAAAGGCAUAAACUCUAGAAGGUAAUUUGUCAUUUCCGUUGCACGUUGCCCUAAUUUAUCUAAUAUUGGGUUAGAAAAGUAUUAUUAAAGGGUGAUCAGCAAUAUAACGUUACAAUUGAACACAAUGCAAGUAAAGCGUGUAACAGCCGGACGUGAUGAAUAUGUGCUAGAAAAACUUACAGUUUUUUUUUGUGAUUAUUGUUCCAUUACACUGUAUCAGAAUCAGUGAACUGGACUGGAUACAAGUUGGCUUAUGCUUAUGGGCCUGACUACGAUCACUACUGUUGCCAAGACCUGGACAAGGUAGAUCUUCUUUGAACUUUUUACUUUUAGAGUAAUACCUACCAUAAGAAAGGCUGGAUUAGUGCUACCACUGCUCAACACUGUUACCCUGGUUCUUUACGCUCCUUUUUGCAAUAGCUAGACAACAUAAAACUGGACAAAGGCAAAAACAGUCAAAUCUCCCAUAAGCGACCACCCCAAAAAUGCGAAGACUUAGUUGUCGCGCUUUUGGGCGCUUACCAGAGUGAGGAAUUUUUUUUCUUUUUUUUUUAAGCAAAAAAAAAAAUUUAUAUAUAUAUAUAUAUUAAUGACUUCACAACAUCACAUAAACGUUACAAGAGUCAGGAUGUAUUUCACAUGGAGAAGUCUGGACGCAUCUACUUUUUGAGAGAAUCAAUGGUAUACAAUUUUUAUGUUACAAUAUGAGUAAAUCCAUGUUGAGUCCGUAAAGUUUUUCUCAUACUCUGAGGUGUAGUACAUACAGUGAACACUAUGAUCAGUUGAUUGUAUCAAAUGGUCGCUUACAAGAGGCUAAAAAAAAAAAAAAAAACAAGUCAGUAGCCCGCAACAUCACAGCCUGUGAACUUCUUUUUACUUCUGGUUCUGUUAAUCUACCUAACUACCUACCUAAUAAAUGCAUUUGAAUACGUUUUCGUUUUUUUUAUUACUUUGUGCCGUGAAAGUAAAUUUCAUUUGCGCUGCUAGUGUUGCCACAGCUUGAUCCGUGGAAUCAAGUUUUAUUGUAUGAGUUGCGCCAGCUUCUAAUUUUGUUGUUGUUGUUGUUGUUGUUAUUUAUUUGGUUUUAUUUCUCUUUUUAGAGGAUUAUAGGUAUCAAAAACAACAACAACGUUUAAAUCUCAUUAUUUUUUGUUUAGGCUAGUACAGAUGUGAUAGUAGACAACUCUUCACACGGUUUUGUGGGAGGCGCCAAUCAAUGGAUUUCUGCCAAG